GGCUUUGCCUUAUAUGUAAACAAACUUAGAGUCGAGGCAGUUAUAACGCCAAGUAAAAAUUUAUUCUUAAAAUAUUAAUACAUGUUUUCGGAUCUAUUAAAAAUCUACACAUAUCUUCGAUUACAGUCAUUUUUUUUUCCACGAGAAAACGACGCGAAUCGUAUCUGCCACGGCCAGACGUAGACACACCAACCACCGCGAGAAACCCAGGCGAGAUUCAAAACUGGCAAGCCGCUAUCGCCUUUCCCCCCACUAAGUUAUGUGGCCGAUUUGAAGAUUUCUACCUGUCUUACCUCGGCGUUCACUCAAGUAGAAAAGCCUAGUCGAGGAAGUGGUUUACGCUUAGGCUAGUGGGAAGAAGAGAGAGAGAGCUAGCGCGGAACACUGGACCCUCGCUUCGGCCCCGUGUGUUAGCAGCAGUGGUAACAAAAACACUCUCCGAUCACUCAAUGUUUACAUUUUUUUCCCCCUGUUCUGUGGGACGCGAGUAAAACGACUUGGGCGAGGGCAGUGAAGACUGCAAGACCUCUUGUGAAUCUUUUUACAAUGCGCGUGCAAGGAGACGCGUUGAACGAACGCCUUGUCGAGGUCCCGAACACUGGAGUGUAGAUUCUAGUACCGAGUGAUUCCGUGUGCUAUUAAAACAAGUGGAUGAAUUGUUGUUAGCUCUAGUGUAGAAUCUAGAUCUAGUAACAUUACAAAUAUUUCUGUUGUUUAUAUUUCUUGAAAGCCUGGGGACUCUGGAUAUCAGUUGAAUGUCCCUGGGAGGAGACAGCCAUGAUCGGGAGUAAUUUGACCGAAUCCUCGCCUUUUCUUCUGUUGUUCUUGCUUGGCUAUUGUCUGGCAGUCACUGAAGGUGAGCUCCGGUGUUACUGUAACGGCUCCGGCUGCGUCUCCACCAGCUACAUGUGCAAGUCCACCAUCGGUCAAUGCUACACGGCGGUCGAGGUCCGGGGCGAGACCACCCACCAGACACACGGUUGCCUGGACAGCCUGCCCGAGGAGUAUUACGCCUCCUGCAGACUUAGCCUGGAUGUCAUCAGCGCCACCUCUUCUGGAAAAGGGCUUGUGGCGCCGCCCCUGCUGCUGUGCUGCUCGGAGGAGAUGUGCAAUUACAUCCGUGACGACUACGGCAUCAGCAUUAUACUGACCCCGAAAUACAACGGGACCUUAUCGCGAGGAAACGCACCAUCGAACGAAGAGAAUGCAGUAUACUCAAAGAAUCAUCACGACGACCCUGACCUCUGGUUCAAGGCCGCUGUUAUUGCGGUGCCUAUAGCCGGAGGAUUUAUUCUCGUGCUGCUGGUACUGCUGGCAGUGCACUUGCUCAGAACGGACUCUCGUCACCACAGACGUCUGCUGCAGGUCCGCCGUGAGCGGAGUCUCACGAAAGCCCACAUGUGCAUUACAGAGUACUUUGAGGGGAAGAACUCCAAGCAGCGUUGCUCACUCUUUAACGAGAAGCCUGCUAAGCUGUGGCCCCAGCUGUACAGUGACGCCCCUGGGCCUAUCAUCGACAGCAGUAGCACCAUGUACAGCCCAUUCAACGAAGUCUCCGGUAAACAGUUCAGCCACCCGUUUCAGGGUGACGCCUUCGACCCCCCACCCACGAACUUGCCCGGUGCCCGCGGAAGCGGCUAUCACCACAGCGGCAGCGGGGGCAACUGUCACCAUAGUAACACUUCACUACCUUGCAGCUCGGCCACCUGCCGCAGCGACGCCACUGGCUACUCGCGGUCGACGGUCGGGGACGCUUGCAUCAAGAUUCACGCCCCCGGAAGCAUCGGCGGCACAACCAAACCAUGUUCUUUCCACGCAGCACCGGACUCACGGCCCGUCUCCAAAGGGCCCUGUUUGGGCCGAGACGUGACGGUGAAAAUAGACAGGUCAGGCCAUGUCCACCCUUCAGUGAUGGUCAGCUCAAGUGGACAGUGCCACCAAGGGCACCCCUAUACCGCUGUGACUGUUUGGGAUAAAGCCUACGCCAAGGGCGUCCCAGCUUUAGUGUGAUAAUCUAUAAAUAGAACUGUUAAUAUUAUUGCAAAUCUUGUGAUGAUUGACUUUCAUUAUUUUUGAUAACCUUGUUUCUGCUUUGGAUUCUUUCACCGAGUAUUGUUGACCAGUAUUAAAACAAGAUGCUGGUUUGAUCUAACUGCAAAGUCCUGCGUUAGUAAAUAUACACUUUUAAAUGAACAAGUCUAUCUUCAUUAGCAUCUGAUACUUCAUAUAUUUAUAAGACUCCCACCUUUUCCUCUUCGUAUCCCCCACCCCUUAUAUAGGUAUCUACAUGUCUUUGAAAAGAGGAGCCAGUAGAUUUAAAAAAAAAAAAGAAAAACUGUAAUUUACUAGACUUAGCUUUAAAAAAGUAAACCAAUAACAAUGAAACAAGUAUUCUUUAAAUCGUGUUCCUAUAGGAUUUCAACCAUGAGUUAAACAGACACUCUCAUACUGGUGCUUUUGUUGUAUGGUAUAUGAAAGUUUGGGCAGAUGAGUCUAUGUGAAAAAAGUUUUCUUAACUAUUAUAUAUUUAUUUCUUUAUCUCACGUCUGCCAUGUUACAUUUGUACACUUUAUUUUAUGAGAGCUCAGAUAUGUGUAGAUAUCUUGUCCUGUGCAUGUACUGUGGUCUGUAGUAUUGCUUCUUUGUUUAUUUAUUGAAUGAUGUUCGCCAAAAUGUCUAUGUAAUAUCAAAUAUCUGUUCCACUUUUUACGAUAUAUUUGUUUGUUUGUUAACUCUUUCUCUUCGAACUGAUGAUACCAACGUUGAUUCCACCAGAAUGUGGUAAAAAAAUACGAAGAGAAAGAGUUAAGUUCUAAUAAUUUGUACAAAAGAUUCUAUUUUUAAUCACUUAAAACUAGGGACGAAGGUUGGUUGCUUAUUACUAUGUAUGUCAGAAUUAUAAAAAACAAUAUUUUGGCUCAAAUUCACCGUGGGUCAGCCCAUAUCUUCAUAUCUGGCCACAUCCAUUUGGAACAGUUGAACAGAUGCACUCAAUUAGCAGUUUUUUUUCCGACCCAAAUAGCAAUGUAUGUUGUUGACAAUACUUUAGAAUAAAUAAUUAUGAAUAAUGAAAGAGGCUGAUGUGUUGCCAACUUGAUACAUUUUUUUUUAAAUGUCUUAUUGAUAGGAAUUGUGAAAUAGCUAAUUUUAUCUUUGUGAUUGUAAAUAAACAGAAGAUGCAGGAGACAGUUUGUAAAACAUUCGCUGAGCGUCUGGUGUCAGUAGUUUUGUGUCACGUCGUGUCAUGUUGUCCCCGAGUCUAUUGUUAGUUAUGUCAUCGCCUCAUUGGCUGUGUCGCUUUGCCCUGAGUUGACUUUUUGGUUCGUUCUGCGUGAGAGUGUCUCUCUGUUUUUUUUAAAGUCCCUACCCCCCCCCCCAAAUCCACCCAGUCACCCUCGUGUAUGAUGUAUGUCGUCUGUGGGUGAUAUGGAUGGGGGGAGGGGGGGAGGUAUGAACAGUGUCAUGACUGGCAUGACAUUACGACAUCUUGCGUUUCUUAUUAUUGUCACUUCGAAUGACAUUGUGAGAAAGAAAGUGUGUGUGUGUGUGAAUGAAUGAGAGUGUGGUGCUGAAAUGAUGAACAACACGAGAUGGGUGGGGCUGAUUUCAAUCUUAGUAUAUGAGGGGGUGGGGGGGGGGGGGUUAGAAUGUAACAGAGCUGCGAGCCUGCAAGAAGUACAUCGUCAUCUGUGGUUUCACAAUGAGUUCAUAUUUACCUAAGAAACGACCUUGACCGCCGGGAAUUUCAACUACCCUAAAGUACAUCGCACACGUUAGCCAAGCGUUACACCAGUGUCAGGUCAUACUUACACCAGUGUCAGGUCAUACUUACACAUAGAAGGUAAAGGCUACUUGCUGUUAGAAAAGCCGAACGAGAAACGGUUCGUGACUUGUUCUGCUUGGUUCAGGUUCAAAUAUGUGAACUCAUUAAAUUUUUAGAUAGUGGUCGUCAUUUUUGUGUGUUUCGAUGAAUGUAAGAAUAAAAUGUAAGAAAUUGAAUGUAAAGAUCUUUCACGGCUGGGUAAAAUCCCUCCUUUCAGACCUUGUGGUCUAUUGGGCAGAUGAUGUGAAGGUCAUCUGUUUCUGUGGCCUAUGGUGAACGAGUGUGUCACGUGGCCAGCACGACGACCAACCUCCUUUACUUUCCCCCAACUAAUAUCAGGUACCCAUUAGAGUUGGGUGGACUCAAAGGCGCCCAAAGAUCCCGAAAUUAAAAAUCCCAGUCUUCACCAGGAUUUGAACCCCAGUUCGGAAGCCAAGCGCAAUACCGUUUAACCACCGAGUCUGGGUCAGCGACAUAUUUGUUGAAGGAUUCAUUCAGUAUCACAGGUCACUAGAACAUUGACUGAAAAGUCCUUUCCAUAUUUGUUUGUUUACAUUGCUCAUCUUUGUUUGGUUUGUUUCAAAAACUGUAAGAGUGUUUGUUUCACUGAUGAAUGUGUGUGUGUGUUCGUGUGUGAAUAUAUUGGUCAGAAUGAGAUAUGUGUUGAACACGGUGCCUGGCAAUGUAUGGUGAAGGUAUGCACACACUGUUAUGUGCUUGGUUUGUGUACGAAUGUCGUGUGUGUAUACACUUAUGAAAUUCAUAUCUUGUUGUACAGUUCAAUGAUGUCACUAAUUUAUUCAAACUUAUUUUGGAAGAUGGAAACUUAAAAUAAAACUUGAAAAAAUAA